CAAUGCCGUUGGCCAUGCAAACUACCCUCCACGUGGUUUUCAGAGAACAUAUAUGUGGAAAGCAAUCGGCAUUCUGUGUAUAUACUGUUACCAAAAAGACAUAGUCACUAUUCUUAUCCCUCAUUUCGUAUCCGUAUCCUUACCCUCUACAAUCUCAAAAAGCAAAAGAUUUGGAGGUUUUCAAGACUGUAGCCUUGAUGAUGCAAAGGAAGGAGCAUCUGGGGCGGGCAAGGCCCCGAAGGAUUUUAAC